AAAAUGCAACGGGAUUACAGUUACUAUGAAUUGCAAUACCAUCAUUUUGGAAAAAAACGGUUAGGAAACUAAUAUGAAAGACCAAUUUGACGAGACAGUUUCAGGCGGCUGUGCUGGGGUCCCCUUGGCCCAGAUUGCUUGGGAUGAGGGUCUAUAUGAAGCUUAGUUCUGUUCUCCCCGCCAAUCUCCACAUUCCUCCGCUUCCCAAAAACAUGCAUCCGGAACACCACCCAGACCACAGGAAAGCUCGAAGCGCGGCACUCCACAAACAAUACGGCCAGCUUGAGGGCGUCGUGUACACGGACGCUGCAGACUAUCCCCACCCAAAGGCCAUGACCAUGGUCGCCAUCGACGGCCAUGGGGUCCCCCUCUCCGGGGGCUCCAUCCGAACAACCUAUUCGGAAACAGCGGAAGAGCUCGCUAUUGCCAUGGCCCUCCUUGUCCCCAACACUCAAACAAUCAUAUCGGACUCUAAACGCGCAAUUCUUAACUUCGCGAGGGGCAGGGUUUCUGAGGCUACCCUCACAGUUCUAACACGCUCCUCCAAAAUUCCUAAUGGCAUGGUCAGUCUAAUCUGGGCCCCGGCUCGUACCUCCCUCCCCGGAAACGAAGCCAUCCAUACCACCGCCCGAGAGCUGGCAUACCGGGCACGGGGGGCAAUGACGGGAACAGGUGACGAGCCGGUCAGUCACAGAGACGCACUGAGCUCGUACCAAGAAAUUACGCAAUCAUAUAGAUCAGCACGCACGACCCUUCCUGCGGGACACAAAUUGCUAACCAAGAGCCAGGAAUGGACCUGGCGACGACUCCAAACAAACGCAUAUCCAAAUCCUGCCCUUUAUUCAGACUGGUUGCCAGACCUACACUCGGAAGUAUGCAAAUUCUGCUCCUCGCGAGCUACACUAUCCCACAUUAUGUGGGAGUGUCCGAAUUCCUCCCUUAAGGACAGGAUGCCAUUCGCAGGCAAUGAUACGGAGCAGUGGAACGCGCCGAUGCACAGAUCAGAAGCGGACGUCCAGAAGGAAAUCUGUGACUGGGCCGAGGAAGCUGCCGCGGUCUGGGAUUUGCUACCCUCCCCCUUUUCUGCUUCAUCGUAGAGGAGGACAUGGAAUGGGCCCUGGACAACACGUCUCUACACGUAUCGGCUUGACCAAGUUGUGUCCUCCUCCUAUUCUCCCUCCCCACAUUAAGUGCCUCUAGGCUCUGGCCAAUAUGAGCGAUGCGAGUCGAAUUGGUAUUGUAGAUUGUGGAAGACCUCUGUUAUUUAUUAUGAUAAAACAUUCUGUUCACGGUAAUGAAUCUUGUAUUUCGGAGGAAUUGGGGGUUUUCACAAUAGUCAAUAUUGGCAUGUUUGGUCUCUGAAUCGUAUCAUAAGCUAGAGUAGUAUUUGGGUCAAUACACUGCGUGACUAGAAG